UGAAAUAGAAAUAAAGGGGAGAGAAAAUUGGAAAUAUUGAAAAAAGGAAGGUGGGUAAAUCGGAUUGUGAAAUGGCGGUUAGUGCGCGACGUUGCGAAUGGCGAUGGCGUCGAGUGAGGUGCGCGGAAAUAAUCGUUGUUGUUUUGUGCAUAGAAGCGUUAUUGUUGCUUUCGUGCAACGGACAGAAACCGAUAAACCUCGGUGGUAUCAAACGCCGCGACGUUUACAUCGCCGGAUUUUUUCCCUACGGUAGACACGUGCCCGAAAGUCACGUGGGACGUGGCGUUAUGCCGUCGGUUAAACUCGCCGUAGAUCAUAUCAACGAAAAUCCAACCAUACUCAGGAACUACAGGCUCCACAUGUGGUGGAACGACACCGAGUGCAACGCCGCUGUCGGCGUCAAGGCGUUCUUCGACAUGAUGCACAGCGGACCUCACAAGGUGAUGCUGUUCGGAGCAGCGUGCACACAGGUGACGGAUCCCAUUGCGAAGGCCUCGAAGCACUGGCGACUCACGCAGCUGAGUUAUGCCGACACACAUCCGAUGUUCACGCAGGACAGUUUUCCCAAUUUCUUCAGGGUGGUGCCGUCGGAAAAUGCGUUCAACGCGCCACGAGUGGCGCUGCUUCAGCAUUUUAACUGGACCAGAGUCGGCACGAUUUAUCAAAACGAGCCGAGAUACGCACUGGCUCACAACAGGCUGGUCGCUGAUCUCGACGCUAAUAGAAUGGAGGUUGUGGAGACGCAGAGUUUUGCUACUGAGGUUUCCUCGGCUCUUGCAAAACUCAAGGAAAAAGACGUGCGCAUUAUUUUGGGAAACUUUGACGAGGUCUGGGCGAGAAGGAUAUUCUGCGAAGCUCACAAGUUCGGGAUGUACGGCAGGAAAUAUCAAUGGGUCAUAAUGGGCACCUAUGCCGAAGAGUGGUGGCUCAGGCCGGGCGGCGGAUGCGCGCCAUCCGAGCUUGCGGAAGCUCUACACGCCGCCAUUUUGACCGAUCUGCUUCCUCUCUCGACGGAACAGCAAAUCACCGUAUCCGGCAUUACACCGGACGAAUACAGAGUGGAAUACGACUUGCGCCGAGGUGCGGAGUACUCGAGGUUCCACGGCUACACCUACGAUGGGAUAUGGGCCGUGGCCUUGGCCAUACAGCACGUGGCACGACGGAUACGACACUUUCGGCGCAAUCAGACAGUCGCAGACUUCAAAUACCGCGAUCAGCUCUGGGAGAUGCUGUUUCUUGACGCCCUGAAGAACACCAGCUUUGAAGGCGUCACGGGUCCCGUGAGAUUCUACGGGAAUGAGAGAAAGGCGUACAUCCUGAUGAAACAGUUUCAAAGCGGCGUCGUUCCAGGUGGUAGCGAGGUCAAGGUUGGCGAAUAUAACGGGGUCACAGGUGAACUGGAUCUCACGAGGGGCCAGCCAUUGGAGUGGCGAGGCAAGUCACCGCCGAAGGACAGAACACUGCAUAUUAUCGAGCACUCGAUGGUGAACACAACUAUUUACGCCGUCUUGGCGGCAGCUGCCAGCGUCGGAAUUGUCAUGGCCGCCAUUUUCCUUGCCAUUAAUAUCAGAUACAGAAAUCAAAGGUACAUAAAAAUGUCUUCGCCGCAUCUGAAUAAUCUGAUAAUCAUUGGAUGCAUGCUGACGUACAGCAGCGUGAUAUUUCUCGGUUUGGACUCUCAGUUGUCAUCAGUGACGGCAUUUCCGAUUAUUUGUACAACGAGGGCGUGGCUUUUGAUGGCUGGAUUUUCACUCGCCUUUGGCUCGAUGUUCUCAAAGACGUGGCGAGUGCAUUCGAUAUUCACGGAUGUGAAAUUGAACAAAAAGGUGAUCAAGGACUAUCAACUCUUCAUCGUCGUUGGCGUUUUACUCAUUCUCGACUUGGCCAUCAUGACGACGUGGCAAAUAGCCGAUCCCUUUUACAGAGAAACUAAACAAAUGGAGCCAUACCCUCAUCCUUCCAGUGAGGACAUCAUCAUCAUUCCCGAAAACGAGUACUGCCAAAGCAACAGAAUGACGAUCUACCUCUGCAGUAUAUACGUCUACAAAGGUCUUCUUCUGAUAUUCGGGGCUUUCCUUGCCUGGGAAACUCGGCACGUCAGCAUCCCGGCGUUAAACGACAGUAAAUACGUUGGUAUGAGUGUUUACAACGUUGUUAUAAUGUGCGUUACCGGAGCGGCGAUAAGUUUCGUCCUUGCCGACAAGCAGGACGCCAUGUUCAUAAUCCUCGCCGUUUUCAUCAUCUUCUGCAGCACGACGACUCUCUGCCUCGUCUUCGUGCCGAAGUUGAUAGAGUUGCGCAGAAAUCCGCAAGGGUCUAGUGACAAGAAAUUUAGGCCAACGUUGAGACCGACUUCGAAAACUAGAAGGGACUCGUCGGUGACUGAGCUCGAGGAAAGGUUAAAAGAAGCCAAAUCGACGAAUCAAAAAUUCAGGAAACAGCUGCUGGAUAAGGAAUCAGAAUUGCAGAUGUUCGUUCGACGAUUGGGUAAUAACGGCGUUCCCGAUACCCAGGAAGUAAUGGACAGGUUGACAGUCCCAAGGCCAGAGUCGAUUAUUAAAAAAGAAGAGCUCACUGUGCAGGGGCAUGGAGCAAAUGAUUACAAAGGUCCAUCGAUCGCAACAGAGACGACGGACAUUUCGAUGUCCAUGUGCAGUCUUAAUUCGACAACCGUGUCCCAACCCGAAGGGGAAUACGCCAAUUUACCCGGUGGAGACACAAAUUCUGCAAGGAAAAAGACGUCCUUCUCCAAGCUGCCGACGAUCGCUAUCGACAGCGAGAGGAUCCCCCUCGUAUCGUCGACAACAUCGGCGACAGUCUUACACUCGGCGAUGAAACAGCCAAGCGAUUCAACCCUACGCCGCAAGACUCGCCUGAGCGAGUGCAGAGAGAGCGAACCACUGCUCCAAGAAAGUCAGGACCCAAAGCCGGAAGCUGGUGUUGAGUUCGUUCCGGAAGUCGCCGAUGAGGGGGAGAGGGUCAUCCUCGAGGAAACUGACAUCCCAAGGAACGGCAGACCACCCAGGAUCAAGGAAAUCAUCGAGGAGUCAAGGCCCAGGCUCCCAACGCCGCCGCCCGCGUCGAAGAACGUUUCCUUCGGCGAACCGCAGGAGCAGAAUUACCUCGAGCAGGCGAUCCUUCCGCCCCCAUCGCAGUUCGUCCCGAAACAAACAAGGCCGACGGAGGAAUUUUUCCGGUCAGGUUCCGUCACCGCGUCGUCUCAUCAGUCGUCGUUGCGCCGGCGAGCCUCGGUAAAAAAUAACGGGAUCGGGCAUCACCACGAGCUUUUUGAAAAGCGGCGGACGAGCGUCCCGGCGAACUCCAUCAGCUACAUAUCGACGGAGAAUAUACGGUGCGCCGACGUCAGGACGAUAGAGGAAAGCCUCGAGGGGCAGUUCAACAAGGCCUACAUAAUCGGGGAGUGCGGCCAUCUUCGGCCGAUUGGUGGCGCUGCCGGACUCAGGUGCGAACGACAUGGUGGCAGAGGCCACAGCCAUGCCGUACUGAACGGUGGCGCCCUCGACACGCCGACGCCGAGGAGACACCGGAAGCUCUGCGACAGCCACAACGCAAGCUCGCCAAACGUCCCCACCACCGUCAACGCAAGCUCUUCCGACACGGAAAAGUACGAAGAGUCGCUGUCGAACAUAAUCCAGCGAUCGGUGUCGGAGAAGUCUCGGGAGAAGUGCGUUCGGGCCCGAGGGCUGCCAAAUUCGGGCAUUGGGGAAUGUCCGCACCGAGGACCUCGUCGACUCCGGGAAUGCCAGCACUCGGAGUCGAAGCUUCGGCAGCAGGCGAAGAUGGACUACGUCCAAAGCACGCCGAACGUCGCGACGAUACACAACAACAAGUUCGCAAGCGGAAACAGAGGCUCGACGGUCAACGUCUCGAAGAUGUACAGUGCUGUGUCUGCCGGCGAGUUGUUGGACGUUGCGAUACUGCCAAUUUUCCAAAAACUCCUCAGCGAGCGGCACAAAAACACAACGCGUGGCGGCUACGGGGCGAGCUGUCCUAAUAUAUCGAUAAAGUGCGACAUAGUGGAGUAUCUUUAAUAAACAGAGUAACUAUAAUUUGAUUAAUCUGAGUAACUAACGUUUAUCAACAAUCAUCAGUGUGUCGAUUACAGAAGUGUCAACCGAUCGUCGAAUCUCGUUUCGUGGUGAUUCACGACGAGGUUAACGAAUUUUUUUUUUUUUUUUUUUCAAUUAUACGUUAUAUCUAGGCACACAUCUCGGUGUAAUUCAAGUCAAUUGAAACCUCGUUCGGAACUGGUAAGUCUUGUCAGUUUUUACAAAAUAUGUAAAAUUUACUGCUAACAUUACGGAAUUUGCUCUGCUGGUAAUGGUAAGGUAAGAGAAGCUAAAGAGCCGGGGGAAAUUGCAGUGUUCUUCUAUACCGAUUCGAUUUAACAUUGGAACCCCAUAAGACGGAUCGGUAAGCGUAGACCAGUAGAAUUAUCCCCGGACCCAAUCGGACCCAACCAACCGAAGAAAACAUUAGCCCGGAGCUGAACGUCUUUAUAUAUCUUCAGUCAACGCUUGCAGUACCGUUUAUACUUUGUUUUUCCCUGUUUUCAUUCGUUCAAAUUUCCCGCCAUCUCGUCGAAACCUGCCACGUGCUUUUCGAUCGUUAAGGUAGUUGAGCCGUAAAAUUCUUUUCGAUAGAAAAAGUUCACAUUAUGGAAUAUCAAAUGUGACCAGUAUUUUCUCACGUAUGCAAAAUUCCAUACAGAAUUUGUUGAAUUCGUCAAUCGGAAACCAAGAUAUCGUAGAAAUUUUGAUCAUUCUAAAUAUAAUGGCAAAUCAUCAGGUCGAUGAUACUGAAAAAUAAGACAGGUAUAGAGCCAAAGCCAUAUUUCUAUGUAGGUAGUUAUUCAUGCGAAUAAUUCAGUUCAUCGAACCACAUUUCAUAAUUUGGUUAUUAUCAAUGAACCACCAGGCAUGCAUUUUGUGUCGUGAUUUUGGGAAACCCAAAAACUACGGUCCUGCGCAGUUGAGUUACCUUAAAACGCGUUCUAAACUGGCAGAAUUCCGGUAUAACGAUUAAUUAAUGCAUACCGAAAAAUACGUUCCCGGUAUAUCUUCCACUUCGAUGGAGGAUUAAUUCGAUAAUGCCUUAUAGUUAAGGAUCGACGAAAAAAAGGGAACUUGGAAACGAUAUAAUGCAAGCAAUUUGUUACAGACACAUAGGUAGCGUUUUAUGUUUUGAAAAUAUCACAAUUGACGAAUUUCAACUUAGGACUGCAAAACUUUUAACGAACGAAUACAAAAUUACUUUUGUGAUCACUUUCCAUUCCAUUUCCUGAGAAAAGAAAAACGAUUCUCGAGGUUUAUCAUCCCUUUAUUAUAAACUGUGCCAUCCUCUUCUUUUCAUCGACUGUGUGAAUACGUUUCGUCAUUUUCCAACUCUUGCAAUUAAUUAUAUUUAACAAAGAAGCCUCUUCAAUCUUACCACAUAAGAAUCACUGAAUGUUUGAUUUUCGUAAAGUUUCCGGUAAAUUUUUUUAGUAAUGUUAUAAAACGUUGAAACUUACAAUUUUCAUACAUUAAAAAACGUUCAACCAUCGCAUACAUUAUUUUUUUUUUUUUUAUUGACAAGUCAUAUAUAUAAUAAUUUCAAAUACCUAAAAACACAUCGUACAAAACUUUUUGGGAUUCCGAUGAAAAUCUGUAAUAAUAAAGUUGCGAGCCCCUAUAAAAACUCUCAUACGAAUCCCUCGCAAUAAUUUUUGAUUUCGGAAAAAGUAUCAAGUUUUUCAUAAAAAUUUUCAAAAUAAAUUCGUAAGUAGAAUUUAUACUCGAUGGUUGACGGCGAUCGUAGUAAUUAUUCCGGGAAGUUGACUAGUUACAUAAACAUUAGAAAGAAAAAAUAAAAAAAAAAAAAAACUGUUUUAAUUACUAUAAAUAAAUGAAUAGCGUGUGGCUGUGAUCAAUCGAAAAUACAGCGCUACUUGAACAGACAAUGCAAGAUCUUAUAAAGAACAAACAUAAAUUAUAAUAAAAUAUGCGAGAGAAUGAUCUCGUUCUAAAUAUGUUUAAUGAUGAACAGAAAUACUUCAAGCUCAUAAGUAAAAUUUUCAAAUUUUUAAUCGGUGGUUACUGUAUAGCGGAUGAUAAAUAAAUUAGGUUAAAUUAUCUAUUGAUCGCGUGAACGAAAAUUAAGAAAGAAACAUGCGGCAAACAAUGAACGUAGGGUAAAUAAAUUAAAUCGAAUAUAUAUAUAUAUAUAUAUAUGUGACAACUUGAUGAGUAUUUACAUAUAUGUAUAUAUAUAUACAUAUAGGUAUAUAAGUAUAAAUGCGCGUGUAUCGAACAAAUUUGUAAGAUAUAAAAGUAUCCCAGAUGUCGGUAAUAAUUCGGUCGUCAUUUAAAACCAGCUAAACGUGCGUUUAAAUAAAUUCAUGUCUCAUUCAAUUAAAUUUUUACUUUCUCGCGUCAAGGUUUUCUCAUCUUUUCGAACUUUGAAUCAAUAUUUUCCGACUGUUAAAUCGUAAAGUCGUAAUCUGGCAAGAAAUUGGUUUGACUAAAGCAAUAUGGCGUCGGAACUAGUAAUCAGCUGAUCUUUUCAGCCUCAGUUGGAGAUAAAUCAUACACGCAUAAAGGGAUGGAAAACUUUGCGCAGGUGGAUACAACUUUUUUUUUAAUCAACCGACUUGACGAAACGUAAAAUAAAGGUUAAAAAUAAACUACUACAAUCAAUUAUAGCACGAUUAUAUUAGCUUGGCACAUUUUUCUAAUCACGAUAGCAUUUUUUGCCAUUUUCGAUUCCAAUGCGCUCAAUGACAAUUAUUUGAAAAUUCACUGUCAAGACUAUUCCCAAUAUCGAACAUUGAGUUUAGAUUUCUUCAAUAGAAUGCAAAGCAAUAAUAUUGUGAAAAAUUUUACAUCGCUCUUUGACCUGUUAUAUUCAUCUUUCAGAAAAGUAUAAAGGCAACAAACUUUCGGAAUUUUGAAUGUAGAAAUCAAUCAUUCUCAUUAUCAAUCAAUUGCGUCAUCA